GUGGCUGGUGAUAGCUGUGGGUCUGGUCAGAGCUUACCUGGCCAGAGGAAGCUACCACGGGCUGUACUACUCCAUAGAGAAGCCCCUGAAGUUCUUUCAGACUGGAGCUAUUCUGGAGAUAUUGCACUGUGCUGUAGGAAUUGUACCGUCCUCUGUAGUCCUGACCGGAUUCCAGGUCAUGUCCCGGGUUUUCCUCACCUGGGCCGUCACACACAGCGUCAGGGAGGUGCAGAGUGAGGACAGCGUGCUGCUGUUUGUCACAGCCUGGACCGUCACAGAGAUCAUCCGCUACUCUUUCUACACCUUCAGCCUGCUCAAUCACCUGCCAUUCCUCAUCAAAUGGGCAAGGUACACCUUCUUUUUUGUGCUGUAUCCCAUGGGAGUGACUGGGGAACUGCUGACUAUCUAUGCAGCGCUGCCGUAUGUGCAGAAGACAGGCCUGUACUCUGUCACUCUCCCCAACAAGUACAACUUUUCUUUUGACUACUACACCUUCCUCAUCCUCAUCAUGAUCUCCUACAUUCCCCUCUUCCCCCAGCUUUACUUCCACAUGAUACGGCAGAGGAAGAAGGUGCUGGGCCACGUAGAGGACUACAGCAAAGUGGAGUGAGCCCAACGGCAUUCAAACAGAUGUGAUCGAGGGAAAAUAAACCAAAACAACCAACAGAAGUCUGCUUACAGAAAUGCAAACCCCAGCCACUUUUCACACUGCCAGAGCUGACCUGGCAGAAGAUUCAAUUAUCAAGCAACUUUAUUUUUUUUCCCAGCUGUUGUCCAGGUUGUGUAGGUGCUCAAAAAAUCAUGAACCAACUGGUGUUGUUUUUUGUUGUUGUUUUUAUUUAUGAACAAACCGCAGUUCCUUUUGUUUAGUCAGAGAGCUUUCAGCUGUAAAGAAACUGUAUUAUGACGUGGAUACAGUUGAGCUGCUGUCUGAGCAGUACGUAGAACUCGGUCACAGAAAAGCAUUGAACUGAAUGAGGCACUGAUAGAAUCAAUAACCUCCUUUUAAAUGUCACCAUAGAAAUUCCCUUAUAGAUUUUUCACCUCCCCGCACCUCUCUUUUUAAAAAGCAGUUUUGUUUCACUACAAUGUAGAAAGAAUAAUGUGAAGACUUAGUACUGAAACUAGGUUCUCUGUAGGUUUUGCAUCUACAGUGUGUUUGUUGGUGCAAACUGUGGUCCAGAUUUGUGUUUUUUGUUUGUUUUCUUUCAUUUGUUUCAGACAAAAGUUUGAUUACAUUCCUAAUUUAGUUCAAUAAACCUUUUUUCAUUCUGUG